AUGGAUGUGGCAAUGAAGUCAUGGGAGCUCGACAACGAUAUCAAGCUUGUCGAUCCCACAAGAGACGCUCUGUACCGAUAUGACAAGGCCGCACAAAAGGAAAUUGACGGUAAAAAGCCGUGGCGACAGAACCCGAACCACUUCAAGCAUGUGCGAAUCAGCGCCGUCGCCCUCAUCAAGAUGGUGAUGCAUGCCCGUUCUGGUGGAGAGAUUGAAGUCAUGGGCCUCAUGCAAGGCUACGUCUCAGAGGAUACGUUCAUUGUGACAGAUGCCUUUGGUUUGCCCGUCGAGGGAACCGAGACGAGAGUCAACGCCCAGGAUGACGCAAACGAAUACAUGAUCGAAUACCUGCGCCUGAGCCGUGAUCAGGGAGCUAGGGAGGAGAACGUAGUCGGUUGGUACCACAGUCACCCUGGCUAUGGCUGCUGGCUAUCCGGAAUCGAUGUCAGCACACAGGCCCUGCAGCAAAAGUUCCAAGAGCCCUUCCUUGCCGUGGUCAUUGACCCCGAUAGAACGAUCAGUGCCGGCAGAGUCGAGAUUGGUGCCUUCAGGACAUACCCUGAGAAUCACGUAGCAGAUUCGUCCGCUGCGUCUGGCACAGCCACCAAGGAUGCUUCCGCCGCCGGGGGACGCUCAGUACCUUUGGCCAAGGCGGCAGAUUUCGGUGCGCACGCAAACAAAUACUACAGCCUGGAGGUCUCACACUUCAAGUCGACGCUCGACGCCUCGCUGCUCGACCUACUAUGGAACAAGUACUGGGUCCAAACGCUGUCGCAAUCUACGCUCUUCACAAAUCGUGACUAUGGCAACAAGCAGAUGCUGGACUUGGGCAGCAAGAUUCGCGAAGCUACCACGUCACUCUCGCGACAAAGAGGUGGCCAGAUGUUUGGCUCGGGUAGGGCCAUCGAUACUGAGCUAGAGAAGCUGUCACGGGAUAGUCAAGCCGUCGUCGGAAAGGAGGUUCAGGGAUUGGUCGCGACUGAGGUCAAGUCAAAGCUGUUUAACGGUUUGGGUAAUGCUGAGCCGACUGCCGGUGCCGAGGCUGUACAAAUUAAGAGCGAGGCAGAUGUUUGA